GGGGGGCCAAGAUGGCGGCAGCAGUAGGGGUCCGUGGCCGGUCCGAGCUGCCGCCUUGCUCCGGCCCAGGCUGGCUGCUCAGCCUCUCUGCCUUGCUGAGUGUGGCGGCGCGAGGGUCCUUCGCUACCACGCACUGGGUCGUCACCGAGGACGGGAAGAUCCAGCAGCAGGUGGAUUCACCAAUGAACUUGAAGCAUCCUCAUGACUUAGUCAUAUUAAUGAGACAAGAAACCACAGUGAACUACCUCAAAGAAUUGGAGAAGCAAUUAGUUGCUCAAAAAAUUCAUAUAGAGGAGAAUGAGGACAGAGACACAGGACUGGAACAGAGGCAUAAUAAAGAAGACCCAGACUGUAUCAAAGCCAAGGUGCCCUUAGGGGACCUAGAUUUGUAUGAUGGCACAUAUAUUACUUUGGAAAGCAAAGACAUCAGCCCAGAAGAUUAUAUAGACACAGAAUCUCCUGUUCCUCCAGACCCUGAACAACCUGAUUGUACCAAAAUUUUAGAACUUCCAUAUAGUAUACACGCUUUUCAGCACUUGCGAGGUGUACAAGAGAGAGUUAAUCUUUCUGCUCCUUUAUUACCUAAGGAAGAUCCUAUCUUCACCUAUUUAUCUAAACGCUUAGGAAGAAGUAUAGAUGAUAUAGGUCACCUCAUUCAUGAAGGCUUGCAGAAGAACUCUUCCUCUUGGGUACUGUACAACUUGGCUUCAUUUUACUGGAGAAUAAAAAAUGAACCAUAUCAGGUAGUGGAAUGUGCCAUGCGAGCUCUUCACUUCUCUUCCAGGCACAAUAAAGAUGUUGCUCUGGUCAAUCUGGCAAAUGUCCUGCACAGAGCACACUUCUCUGCUGAUGCUGCUGUUGUGAUUCAUGCGGCCCUGGAUGACAGCGACUUCUUCACCAGCUACUAUACACUGGGCAAUAUUUAUGCAAUGCUUGGGGAGUACAACCACUCAGUGCUCUGUUAUGACCACGCUUUGCAGGCAAAACCUGGAUUUGAACAAGCAAUAAAAAGGAAGCAUGCUGUCCUCUGUCAACAAAAACUUGAGCAAAAAUUGGAGGCUCAACAUAGAUCUCUUCAGCGAACACUGAAUGAAUUGAAAGAGUACCAGAAGCAGCAUGACCACUACUUGAGACAACAGGAGAUCCUAGAAAAACACAAGCUGAUUCAGGAAGAGCAAAUCUUAAGAAAUAUCAUCCAUGAGACUCAGAUGGCAAAAGAGGCACAGUUAGGAAACCAUCAGAUUUGCCGUCUGGUCAACCAGCAGCACAGUUUACAUUGCCAGUGGGACCAGCCUGUGCGCUACCAUCGAGGAGAUAUUUUUGAAAAUGUGGACUAUGUUCAGUUUGGUGAAGAUUCAUCAACCUCCAGUAUGAUGUCGGUGAACUUUGAUGUUCCAGCAAAUCAGAGUGACAACAGUGAUUCCAUCAUGUCUUCUCCUGUAGCCCAUUCUGUUCUCUGGAUCUGGGGCCAGGACUCUGAUGCAUACAGGGACAAACAGCAUGUUCUGUGGCCUAAAAGAGCAGAUUGUACAGAAAGCUACCCUCGAGUCCCUGUUGGCGGAGAAUUGCCAACGUAUUUUCUGCCUCCAGAGAACAAAGGACUCAGGAUCCACGAACUCAGCAGUGAUGAUUAUUCUUCAGAAGAAGAGGCCCAAACCCCUGACUGUUCCAUAACUGACUUCAGAAAAAGCCACACUCUGUCCUACUUAGUCAAAGAAUUAGAGGUCCGCAUGGAUCUGAAAGCCAAAAUACCAGAUGACCAUGCACGAAAAAUUUUACUUUCCCGUAUUAAUAACUAUACUGUCCCAGAGGAAGAAAUUGGGUCUUUCUUAUUUCAUGCUAUUAACAAGCCAAAUGCUCCUGUCUGGCUAAUACUCAAUGAAGCUGGACUGUAUUGGAGAGCAGUGGGAAAUAGCACUUUUGCUAUUGCCUGUCUUCAGAGGGCUUUGAACUUAGCUCCACUUCAAUACCAGGACAUUCCUCUUGUCAACUUGGCCAACCUUUUGAUUCACUAUGGCCUUCACCUUGAUGCUACGAAGCUGCUACUUCAAGCUUUGGCCAUCAAUAGCUCCGAGCCCCUGACCUUUUUGAGCCUGGGAAAUGCUUACCUUGCUCUGAAGAAUAUCAGUGGGGCCCUUGAAGCCUUCAGACAGGCUUUGAAAUUAACUACCAAAUGCCCAGAAUGUGAAAACAGCCUGAAGCUGAUCCGCUGCAUGCAGUUUUACCCUUUUCUGUACAACAUCACCUCUUCUAUUUGCAGUGGUCAUUGUCAUGAGAAAACCCUGGACAACAGCCAUGACAAGCAGAAAUAUUUUGACAACUCCCAGUCACUGGAUGCUGCUGAAGACGAGCCCUCUGAGAGAGGAACAGAGGCGGACACUGUACUCUCUGUUGAGGACUCAGGGAGGGACACGGGUGCUCUUAGACUUGAAAGUACAGUGGUUGAAGAAAGCAAUGGCUCUGAUGAGAUGGAGAAUUCAGAUGAAACAAAGAUGUCAGAAGAGAUACUGGCUUUGGUGGAUGAGUUUCAACAGGCAUGGCCUCUGGAAGGCUUCGGGGGAGCACUAGAAAUGAAGGGGCGGCGUCUAGACUUGCAGGGAAUACGGGUGCUGAAGAAGGGUCCUCAGGAUGGAGUAGCCAAAAGCUCUUGCUUUGGGGACUGUAGAAGUGAAGACGAUGAAGCCACAGAAUGGAUCACAUUCCAAGUCAAACGUGUAAAAAAACCCAAAGGAGAUCAUAAAAAAACUCCUGUGAAAAAGAUAGAAUCUCAUCAAGCAGAAAAUGGACAUCGUUACCAAGCAAACUUGGAGAUCACUGGCCCAAAGGUAGCGUCUCCUGGACCACAAGGGAAAAAACGUGACUACCAGAGUCUUGGAUGGCCCAGCCCAGAUGAGUGCCUCAAACUCCGCUGGGUAGAGCUAACUGCCAUCGUGAGUACCUGGCUUGCAGUUUCUUCAAAAAACAUUGACAUCACGGAACACAUUGACUUUGCUACCCCCAUACAGCAGCCAGCAGUGGAGCCGCUGUGCAAUGCCAAUCUCCCCACGAGCAUGCACACUCUGGACCACUUGCAAGGGGUGUCCAACAGAGCCAGUCUGCACUACAUGGGUGAGAGUCAGCUGACAGAGGUAUUGCAGAAUCUUGGCAAAGAUCAGUAUCCACAACAGUCACUUGAACAAAUUGGCACCAGAAUUGCAAAAGUUUUAGAAAAGAACCAGACAUCCUGGGUCCUUUCCAGCAUGGCGGCCCUCUACUGGAGAGUGAAAGGCCAAGGGAAGAAAGCAAUCGACUGCCUCCGCCAGGCCCUCCACUACGCUCCACACCAGAUGAAGGAUGUGCCCUUGAUUAGCCUGGCCAACAUCCUCCACAACGCCAAACUCUGGAAUGACGCUGUCAUUGUGGCCACCAUGGCAGUAGAGAUUGCACCGCACUUCGCUGUCAACCACUUCACGCUGGGCAACGUCUACGUGGCGAUGGAAGAGUUUGAAAAGGCACUGGUGUGGUAUGAGUCGACACUGAAGCUACAGCCUGAGUUUGUCCCAGCCAAGAACCGGAUCCAGACCAUCCAGUGUCACUUAAUGCUGAAGAAGGGGCGGCGCUCUCCAUAGUGCCCCUUCCUCCUCUGUCCCCUCCACCCCGUCCCAGCAACAAUCAGAACAGGACCCAAUCAUUGUCUGAAUCUACUCUAAUGACGUGUGUGCAAAUAACCAAGUAAGACUUAUAACAGGACUUUUAUGUAUGUGGUUUGGCUUGAUUUUAAGUUCCUUCUUUCCCCUGCCAACCUCAGAAGAAGAAUCUUUGGAAACAUAAAAUUUCUUCAAAGGAAAAUGCAGCUUAAAGGUACUGUGUAAAUACUGAGCCAAGACAUCUCUGGAGCUCUGCUCUGUCUCCCAGACCUCCAAAGCCUUCAGGGCUUCUCUCAGUGGUGCAAGCAGCCUCCGUGGAGAGGCCAAACCACACUGCACCUUCUCUGCUUCUGGCCUGGGCUCUGUCAUGCCACAUGGCAGUCCGUGAGAGGCAGUGCCCGCCCCCCUAGCCCCGCGCCGUCCUCACGCAUCCAUUCCAUGCUGCUACGUUACACUCUCAGAGGUAGUUUGCAGGGGAGGAAGGGGAAUGAUUUUAAAAACAAGUAUUUACAACAACAGAAACUCUUAGGAUCACCUGACCUUUGUAAGUUAUUUUUUUGUUGGGGCGGGAGGGGGGCUGAGCAGGGGGAGUCAGCGGUGUGCAACAUCUUUACCAUUUGUACUUUAAUUACAGAUCAGAGGAUCCCAAUCCGUUGAAAUCUUAUAUAACUGGUUUUAUAUGUAUAGAAUAUGUAUAUUUGAAACCCUCUACAGGCUGAGUCUAUGUUUUACUAAUUCUCUGCUCACUGUGCUACCCAUCCUGAGAUAAGGUGCGACUGUCGGCUCCCUUCCUGAGGCCACCGGAGUGAGCUCCUCCGGAGAGCGCGCAGAGCCAGGGCUGAGCGUCUGCAUACAAUGCCUUUACCUUUGGUCCCAGUAGAAUUGAAAUUCCAGCAUUUUGGAAUCUUCAAGGGCACAUACUGAAAACGAAAAUAAAAAUUGCUUAUGGGCA